UCCAGCUAAAGCAGUUGCAGUUCUGACUCUCACAGAAAGAAUAACCAGYCAUCAUGAUUUCAAGACAAAUCCUCCUUUUGACCCUCCUGGUUGGGUUCCUAUGUCUCACCUCAGGGGCUGAGAUCCGCAAAAUGCUUGAUGAGCUUUUAGAAGAUAGCAAGAAAAACACACCGCGUUUAAACGGUCCGCCACCACCACCACCACCAAUGCCAAGGGAUGUGUGCUUCCAUCAGGGGAAAAUCUACAGAGCUGGCCAACGAUUCGUAGACRAUAAUUGUACAGGGCGAUGUAAGUGCCGACGAGGUGGCUCGGUAGGCUGUGUUUCGUUAUGCCCUCCUUCUUGGGCAGAUUGUGGACCAAACGAAAAGGAAGUCUUAGAACGUUUCCCCGCUGACAGAMAAGGAAAAUGCUUCUGCCAAAUGCCUAUUUGCGUUGAAGACAAAGAAUCUGAAAUGACGGCAUAGAAGCACAGCCCAGGAAGGGCAUAUGUUAAGAAUUCUAUACAAAGAAACAAGUACUGAUUGCAUUCAUAACAAACGCAGAUGAAACCUGUUACACAUUUCUAUAAACUUGUAAAUUAAAAAUCCUAAAAUAAAGAAUUAACCAAAUA